ACAUUAUCAAUUGUAUGUGAAAAAAUAUUUAAUACCAUUUAAAAAACUGAACAAAUUAAAGCCGUAAUUUGUUGGCAAAUGCUGAAAACCACUUUCAUAAUUUUGCGUCCAGAAACAAAACUUAGUUUAACUUGAUGAAAAAUAUUCGUGCGGCAGAAACCGAACAAGUUUUCUAAAAACUAGGAAGUUAGUUUAAUCAGAAAUUAGUUUCUCUGAUUAAGCCUUUUAUUGAUUUAUUUUCCUCUCAAAAUGAUUCAAAUGUCUUGGAGAGCAGCUCUGCGAGUUUUGAGCUUUGUGGCCUUUGCGUUGAUUGUGCAUCUCAGUUUGGUUGGCGCUGGUGGUCCUUUCCGGGAAGAAUGGGACUACGACUACUGGGAGGGCGACUACGGUCCUUGGGACUACUACAACUUGAACAGAGACUAUGGUCGUCGGCGCUUUGACAACUGGGACAGAGACUAUGGUCGUCGGGGCUAUGGCAGCGGGCGUAAUGGACAAUCAUGGUGCGAUAAGGACUGGGAUUGUCGCUUUCAUAGCAAAGAACAUGUUUGCUGCAGCAACAACAACUGCGCCCAGUUUUGCUCGAUGGAUGUGUUCUGGUUCUUCCUGAUUGUGAUCAUCCUUCCAUGCGUGUGCUGCGGCGCCAUUGUCGCUACUGCAGCUGUCGUCUUCUGCUGCGUCAGGAAGCAAAACAAGAAGACGCAAGAUGCACUGGCGCAAUGGCAGGGAGGUGUCGGUGGGGCUAUGGCCAGAUAUCUUCCAUAUAACGCCGCUUACCCUCAAACCGCUGUAGGGUACGGACAGCCAGCUCCCCCUGGAUACAGCGGUCAGAUGAGGACGACUAAAUCAUCUGAUGAAGAAAAUACAAUGGGCAUGGUGGAUUUGAGAGCCUAAAUGUAAUGAAAGUGUCAGCAAACAGCUUGGAUGGUUCAAUUUAUUGAGAGCAAAUUGGCAAACGAUAACCAUAUACUUAGGCUUCAUUGGCAACAAAUUACUCACAUUUAGUCCUGCAUUUUUUAAAAUGAUGUCAUGGUAAAAAAAAUCAUAGGGAGGUCCCAUGAAAAUAACCGGUUC